AUGUUCUCAGAGGGUUCUGUCUUCGAGAAAGAUACAUUCAUGUCACAUCUUGCGCGUUCCGACACAAUAACGAAAGCAAUUUCUGCUGCUCAGGAAGAAGCGCUUGCUGUUCCUUUGAGAGAGGGCGAGAAUGACGACGACACCAUUCGCGGAGACCCCAAGAUAGACACAUCCAUUUUCAACGGCUUUACUGACUUUGAGUUGGAUUUAUCUUGCCUCUCUCCGCCUGCGUCCCCAUCUGCAUCGACAUCUGAGCUUCCUCCCUCAACACCGUCUCCUCCCUCAUCUCCUAAUCUAUCGCGAACGAUUUCGUAUGCGUCUCAGUUGACCAUAACCACCAAGAAGUCGAAGAAAAAGGCCUCUACUCCACAGUUAUCUUCCACUUCCACUGCCCCAGCUGGAUCUCGAGGCUCAUGGCCUAUAAUCAAAUAUGCAGGGCGUGGAACUCCUAUAGACCGCAAUAGGAGGCUGGAGUGGGGAGGGUUCUCCGGUGAUGAAGUUGCGGAAGAUGGCUUACUGUUUUCCGCUGUUCGAUCCACGUCAUUAGACUCCGCUAUCCGCCCGUCACACCGGUCUCUUUCCCCAGAGUGGAAUCACCGAUCACCUCUUUCCUCUGCUAAUUCUCAUUCUACUCAUUCUGAUUCUCAUCGAACGGCGUCCACCUAUGAACAACCUCCUGCGCUCGCACCCAUCCAGUUCGAAGGGCUGGGCCCCGAUAAGUCCGAAGACUGGGAUUCUAUCAUGAAGACAGUAUUGUCUUCUACAGAAGAAUCGCCCGAGCCCGCCGAGGCGGCGCCCGAAGCUCAGGUGAAGUCGGAAUCGGAAGGCGUGACAGAGACUACCCAUGAGGCAGACCUCACCGCAAUGUCGCAGACGAUGUCCCCAGAGCAAAUGGAGCAGCUGAACACCGUCCUUGAAAUGGACCUGGAUUUGAACGCCGCUCUCGAUCUGGGGCUAGGGCAAAAGGGUGGCAUGAACUGGUUUGAUUUGGGCCUCCUCCCUACCUCCACUAGAGGACGCGAAUCACCCUCUGUGUAUUCUUCCCAGGCACAAUCGCCAGAGCACUCAGCACCUCCUUCUGUUCAUGCGUCCGAGCACCGGUCGACCACCAGCACCAAAGCAGAGUCGACUUUACCUCCUACUACGAAAUCAGAACCACGUCGUUGGUGGACAAAAAUUAUGGUGCGCCUUCGACAAGUCCGUACCAUUGUCACAAUUCAAAAGAAUCGAUUUUGA